AUGGCCGUGCUGCCGCACACUGUUGACAGAGGCAGUUCCCGCUCGGGAGUGCCAGCUGGCUGCGGGUUCCCUCCUGGCUGCUUUAAACACUGGGCGCCGCGGGGUGACCCGAGGCGGCAGUACACUUGCGGGUGCGCGUGGGCGACACUGCGGGGCAGCGCACGCCGGAGGCGGACCCCGGGGGCAGGUGGGCGCGGCCGGCGGGGCGGCUGCAGCAAGUGGUUGGGCCGUGCGCAUUUCCUCCCUGCGCCGCCCCGCCGGUGCCCAGUGCUCGGCGCCCUUGGCUCAGGCGGGCCGCAGGCCGGGGGUCCGGGCGCCGCUGCCGCCCAGGAGCCUCCGCUGCCCCCGCUGCGGCCGCGCUGGCCCCGGGGAGCGCUGCAGCCCGCGGUCAGGCCUCGCUGCGCCGCCGCCGCCUCAGCGGUGCUGGGCGCGUCGCCCGCGCUGUCCUCCCGCGGUCCCACCGUCCCCGGCUCCGCGCUGCUGUCGCUCCGGCUGCUGCAGCUGAUCCUGGGCUGCUGCAUGGUGGCGCUCAGCUUCGGGGCGCUGUCGCUGAGCAGCUCGCCGCAGGUGAAGAACUCGUGUCGGUUCUGGGCGGGCUCUUCGGUGAUACUCUCUGGAAUCAUCGGAUUGACAACUUGGAGAAGGCCUAUGAUACUCCUG